AAAGAAUAAUAAGAACAACAACCAAAAAAAGGCAAGAAAGAACCAAAAAGAGCUAAGCAGAUAUACCAAGAGUCCCGAACGAAUCACUCCGCCGCCGUCGCCCCCGCCGUCGCUGUUCAUCAGAGCAAAAAGGAUAACGGGAAGAAGACAAAGCAGAAGAAGGAGCGCUGGGGAGUAGAAGAUGGAGAAUCUGCAUUUAAAUUUAGGUGAUACUCCCAAACAUACGAUUGUUGCUAAAAAUGGCAUCAUAUUGAGCCAGAGCUAUGGCCAGAAAUUUGGUCAUGCCCACAAGAUGAAUCACAACAGCAACAACCACAAUAAUAAUAAUCAUAAUGGUAGCAGCAACCACCAUUCCAAGGUACCCGGAGAUCAUGAGCAUCAUCACAAUCACAAUCGCAGCCACACUCACAGUCACAGUCACAGUCACAGUCACAGUCACAGUCACCAAAUCCAGAUGCAGCAGAUGCACAUCCAAAUGGAACGUGCCCUCAAUGGUGACAACAGUCUGAGUUUGGGGCAUCAUUAUGAUAGCAGCAGCAGUGGAUCCAACGCUGGUGGUGGUGGUGGGGGUCAGGGGCAGGGACAUCAUUUUAACUAUACACAUGGCCAGACGUAUGCCCAUGGUAUGGAUAAUGGUGAUUCUCUGGCUGUGGUGUCCAGCAUGCGUGAGAUGAAGGGCCGCACUCAAUCGAGUUAUCAUCACUCAACAAGUCCAUCGGGAACAGCUCUGGAUUCUGUUUCAGCAGCAGCGGGAGCAAGUUCGUCCUAUUUAUACAAUCCUCAGGUCGAACUGGCAGCAAAUUCCACGCUGAAUGCCUCAGCCUCAGCAUAUAAACUCCACAAUGGCGGCUCCGUUGCGGCUAUGCAACAACAUUAUGGAUUGGGAUCCAACUCGCAGCAGCAGCAGCAAUAUCAGCAUUUGUUGCAGACGCCGCAACAUCAACAUCAACAUCAACAUCAACAUCAUCAGCAACAGCAACAUCAUCAGCAACAGCAACAUCAUCAGCAACAGCAAACACAUUUGGGACUCCUGCCCAAGCCCACCUACAGCGCCCCAUCGCAGUUCGGAUCGUCUCAUGUAUUGAACACACCGUCCGAACCGUGCGAUUUCCAGCUGAAUGUGGCCGCAGCCAGUUUCACGCCAUCACGUUCACAGGGAUUGUUGGGACUGCCGAUAUCCAGUCAAUCUCAGCCGCUGCUGCAGACACCGCACGUGAGCUCGUCGCAGGUCUUGGUGCAAAAAUCUGGACAUGGAAAUGGACAUGGAAAUGGAAAUGGAAAUGGAAAUGGAAGUGCAAAUGGAAGUGGACAUGGAAAUGGGCAUGGACAUGGCCAGAAUACGCGUUGGCGUCGCCAGCCCCUGCCGGAUCUCUUCAAUGCGGUGUUGGGUCUGAUGCGUGAGCUGAAUCGCUCAGUUAGCUAUCCGGAGAUCAUUAGCACACUGUCGAUUCGCUUGCAACGGACGGAGGCGGAUCUGAAGCGUCAUGUGCCGCACACAUUGCACUCGGCCGUUACUAACGGGUAUUUACGCAAGGAUGGCAAUAGAUAUACAUUGCUAUCCGAGCUGGAGCAGGUGGAGAUAAUGCGACGCAAUCAGGAGGCAGCACAGCGGGCCAAGGAGCUGGAGAAGGAGCCGCUGUCCUGGCGCAAGCGUUAGGCCCCACUAUCAUCCCCCCCACAGUCGCAUAAUUCUAAUUGAUAUUGACGAUGACCGAUGACCGAUUAACGAUUACGACAACGAUGACAACGAUUAUGAUUAUGAACGAUGAUGACGAGGACGAGGACGACGAUCAAACCCAACAAAAAAGAGAAAAAACCAAAGCAAACUGAACCUUUUAACAAUGGGCAGGAGGUCUACCCGAUGCCAAUACUGUGGUCCACCCUCCCCACCCCCCCAAUUUUGGAUUUACUGUGUUUUUUCGUGUGUGAUGCGGGCCUGGAACCAAUUACACACAUGUAUCCGCAUCCACAUCUGCUUCUAUAUCAAUAUGCAUAUUUACCAAAUUUUGAAAACGCAAUCGCUCGACUUUGCUCUGAUUGAUCGAUAGAUAUAAGUAUAUAUAUACUUGUAUAUAUAUAUAAAUAUAUAUAUAUAUAUAUAUAAAGGUGGCCCGUUUUGCAUAUUCCGGUUUCCCGUAUCGCUGCCGAUCCAUCAACCAAGCCAAAUAACCGAAAUGGUCCUUCGAUUCGCCGACCGCUUGACUCGUUGGGCUGCCUCUAGAAAAAGGAGAUGAUGUGUAUCGGAUAUUUACGCGUACCUACAUAUAUUUAUUUUGGUAAAUUUCGAGCGAUUCCUGCCACGUUAUUAUUGAUUAAUUUAAUUUAAGUUUUUUUUUUGCCUUUUCUAAAAUGUGUUAAUCUCAAAUUUGAGUUGUUAUGGGUUCCAAAUGAUUUAUAUUUAUUUGCAAACGAUUCGGGUAAAAUAAAAAAUUGUAGUUUAAUAAAAAGUGUCGCGUGAGUGGGAAGCCAAA